UGGUGCUAAGUGUAUCCACAGAGCAGAGCAGAGCAGAGCACUGGGUCUAUAAAUUGUGUAUAGUUUUUAUGAAUGAAGGACCAUGCUACCACACAUUCACUUCUCUCAUUUCUCCUUCUUCCCUCUCCAAACUCAGUGAGGAAUCAGAGAAAGUUAUUGAGUUGAGCAACUAUGACCAUGGAAGAGGGGAGGGUGGUGAACCAGGACUACACCCAAGAUGGCACUGUCAACAUUAAAGGCAAACCUAUUCUUAGAUCCAAAAGUGGCGGUUGGAAAGCUUGCUCCUUUGUUGUUGUGUAUGAGGUAUUCGAAAGGAUGGCUUAUUAUGGAAUAUCAUCAAAUUUGAUUCUGUAUCUUACAACAAAGCUUCACCAAGGCACAGUAACCUCUGCAAACAAUGUCACAAACUGGGUUGGCACCAUUUGGAUGACACCAAUUUUAGGUGCCUACGUUGCUGACGCUUUCCUCGGUCGCUAUUGGACUUUUACCAUAGCCUCUACCAUUUAUCUCUCGGGUAUGUCUCUGCUUACACUGGCGGUGUCCCUUCCGAGCCUAAAGCCACCUGCAUGCUAUGAAAAGGAUGUGACAAAAUGCGGGAAAGCCUCGACACUACAGCUAGCAGUGUUCUAUGGUGCACUUUACACUCUAGCAGUGGGAACCGGAGGAACCAAACCCAACAUCUCCACCAUAGGAGCUGACCAGUUUGAUGAUUUUCACCCUAAAGAGAAGUUGCAUAAGCUCUCUUUCUUCAAUUGGUGGAUGUUCAGCAUCUUCUUUGGGACCCUCUUCGCAAACAGUGUUCUAGUGUAUAUCCAAGAUAAUGUGGGUUGGACUCUUGGGUAUGCUCUUCCAACUCUUGGCCUUUUAGUGUCAAUCAUGAUAUUCCUGGCAGGCACACCCUUCUAUAGGCACAAGGUGCCUGCUGGGAGUACCUUCACUAGAAUGGCUAGGGUCAUUGUGGCUGCUUUGAGGAAAUGGGAAGUCCCUGUCCCUGGUAACUCUAAAGAACUAUAUGAACUUGACAAGGAAGACUAUGCAAAGAAAGGGAGCUACAGAAUUGAUCACACUCCAACACUCAAGUUCCUUGAUAAGGCCUGCGUUAAAACAGAUUCAAACACCAGUCCAUGGAUGCUUUGCACAGUUACACAAGUGGAGGAGACAAAACAAAUGCUAAGGAUGAUUCCUAUCUUGGUUGCUACAUUUGUUCCUAGUACAAUGAUGGCUCAGAUAAAUACCCUUUUUGUGAAGCAAGGAACUACUCUUGACAGACACAUCGGAAGCUUCAAAAUUCCCCCUGCUAGUUUGGCUGCAUUCGUUACUGUGUCCUUGCUUGUGUGUGUUGUGCUCUAUGAUCGUUUCUUUGUGAAGAUCAUGCAAAGGUUUACCAAGAACCCCAGAGGCAUUACCCUGCUUCAGAGGAUGGGAAUUGGCCUUGUAAUCCACACACUGAUCAUGAUCAUUGCAUCUGGGACCGAAAGCUAUAGACUCAAGGUUGCAAGAGAACAUGGGGUAGUUGAAAGUGGAGCACAGGUUCCUUUGAGCAUAUUCAUUUUGCUUCCUCAGUUUAUACUGAUGGGAACUGCCGAUGCCUUCUUAGAGGUUGCCAAAAUCGAGUUUUUCUAUGAUCAAGCCCCAGAACAUAUGAAGAGCAUUGGGACUUCCUAUUCCACAACUACCUUAGGCAUUGGUAACUUCAUCAGUUCCUUUCUUCUCUCAACAGUGUCACAUGUCACCAAGAAAAACGGUCACAAGGGGUGGAUUUUGAACAACCUGAAUGAGUCUCAUCUUGACUACUACUAUGCAUUUUUCGCAGUACUAAACUUCCUCAACCUCAUCUUCUUCGCGUUUGUUACAAGGUUCUAUGUAUAUAGGGUUGAAGUUUCAGAUUCCAUUGACGUGCUUGCAAAAGAACUGAAGGAAAAGACCGUGUCCAACGUUGUGAAUCCCAAAGACUAGUUGAUUGGGUAUCUAAUCAAAGGAAGAAAACUAAGACCCAUUAGUUUCAAAAAACAGCUGUUAUGUACAAAUUUGGAUGGCCAAAGAACUACGUAUGUGUGUGUUGACUUUGGAAUGGUUGUGGUCAUUGGAAGCCACUUCAGAAGAGAACCUAAUCAAGUUAUAGUUAUUGGAGGUCGUUUUAGCAUGUGAUCGUUUUUCCUUAUCGUUUGUAACAUUCGAGAAAUGUCACAUGCAUCUCGAAAAAAACAAGAUUGGAAAAAAGAAAUGUAAUGUGUUUGAUGUUUAUCUUUUUAAAUCUUCUCUGGCCACUCAAGCUUUUCUUUAGUCAAGAAAUAAAGGGUUGAAGACAAAAUCUAUCAGGUUAGAUUUUUA